AUGGUUGGAUUCAAGCCCACCGACGUCCCUCCGACGGCUGCUGUGAAGUUCGUUGGAGCCGGGACGGCUGCCUGCAUUGCAGACCUGAUCACCUUCCCCCUGGACACGGCUAAAGUCCGGCUUCAGGUGAGCCCCAGCAGAUGCCAUACCCAGAGGUCGACUUUCCAUGUCUUUUCCUACUAUGCCUUUGUGGGCAGGGAGCAGCUCCCAAGUUAGGGUCCGGCACCCUGAAUUAACGGUGCCCACUGUCCGCUUGGGAACAGCUGAUGCGGGAUUUCUGCAAAACCCAUUAUCGGUGAGAUCAGUGUCAUGUAUGUAAAACUGGUGGGAACCAGCAUAAGAGGAACUUCUUGUUGUUGUUGUUUAGUCGUGUCCGACUCUUUGUGACCCCAUGGACCAGAGCACGCCAGGCACUCCUGUCUUCCACUGCCUCCCACAGUUUGGUCAGACUCAUGUUUGUAGCUUCAAGAACACUGUCCAGCCAUCUCAUCCUGUCGUCCCCUUCUCAUUGUGCCCUCCAUCUUUCCCAACAUCAGGGUCUUUUCCAGGGAGUCUUCUCUUCUCAUGAGGUGGCCAAAGUCUUGGAGCCUCAGCUUCAGGAUCUGUCCUUCCAGUGAGCACUCAGGGCUGAUUUCCUUCAGAAUGGAGAGGUUUGAUCUUCUUGCAGUCCAUGGGACUCUCAAGAGUCUCCUCCAGCACCAUAAUUCAAAAGCAUCCAUUCUUCAGUGAUCAGCCUUCUUUAUGGUCCAGCUCUCACUUCCAUACAUCACUACUGGAAAACCAGAGCUUUCACUAUAUGGACCUUUGUUGGCAAGGGGAUGUCUCUGCUUUUUAAGAUGCUGUCUUAAAAGUGAAAAACAGAUCGAGAAAAGGUACAAGGAGGGCUUCAUGUACAGUGUUACCUCGGGUUACAUACGCUUCAGGUUACAGACUCUGCUAACCCAGAAAUAGUACCUCGGGUUAAGAACUUUGCUUCAGGAUGAGAACAGAUAUCGUGCCCUGGCGGCGCGGCAGCAGCAGGAGGCCCCAUUAGCCAAAGUGGUGCUUCAGGUUAAGAAUAGUUUCAGGUUAAGAACAGACCUCCGGAACGAAUUAAGUACUUAACCCGAGGUACCACUGUAUAGUAAAAAAAAGGGGGGGUUGAGGAAGUGUUUUCAAGGACCACAGUUGGAUGGAGAAAUGGGGCAAUGGGUGAUGGAAGGGAGUUGGCCAAAGGUUGAAUAGCUAAGAUGGCAUAUAUAUUAUUCCAAUAGAGUGUGUGUCCCAAUGGAAAGCUCUUGCAGGCUGUCUGGACUCUGUCCUGCAAUGCACUGCCAAACAAAGCCUGGCCAAUUGAGAAUUUGGUGUGAGCCUCCGUACUUGAGCCCCCAAGCGACGUUUUCCCCGCACAGCCCAGAGCUCCCCUUUCCUUUGCAAAGGAGAAGCCCUGUUGCAGGCUUGUGCUAGGAAGCCCCUCCGGGGGGUUGUAUAUAACCCUGCAGGGAAAUCGCCUAGGUCAGCCGGCAUCUGUCAUCCAGAAGUCAAGGUUAGGCAGCAACUUUGGUGUCAGAAGUGGGACGCUCGUCGCUGAACACCAAAACAAGCGGCGUGUGCGAAAUUUGCUGGACUUAUGUGCAGGAGAUCUUCCUGGCUGGCAAAGCCCCCUUGUAGGGAAAAGGGAGUGUUUGAAGAAGUCUUGUUCUUGAACCUAGGAUAAAGUAGCACCAGAAUGUUGCUUCUGAGCUCAGGCAGGCAGGCUCCAGUUCACUCUUAGGUUUCUUCAUCCUGUUUCUCUCUCUCUCUCUCUUCUCUUCUCCUCCUGAGCAGAUCCAAGGGGAGAACAAGGUGGCUGUGGAAGCCAGGACGGCGCAGUACAGAGGGGUCUUUGGCACCAUGGCGACGAUGGUUAAGAACGAGGGGCCCAGGAGCCUCUACAACGGGCUGGUGGCCGGUCUGCAGCGCCAGAUGAGCUUCGCCUCUGUCCGCAUCGGGCUGUACGAUUCGGUGAAGCAUUUCUACACCAAGGGCUCUGAGCGUAAGUGGACCUGGGCCUCUGGGGCCAAGGAUCGUGGAGUUGGGAGGGGACCCCCAAAGGCCAUCUAGUCCAACCCCCUGCAGUGCAGGGACCGCAGUUAUGGAAUCCCUGACGGAAGAACCUGAAGGCCAGCAUGGGGGCCUGCCUUCCUAACCCCAGAGACAGUGGUUCUCAAAGGGUGGGGCAGGAAAGGGUGGCGGGAAGAUUCAAGGGCAAUCAAAGAAACAUUUCAGUGUGGUAUAGUAUAUAACCUUCAGGAGGUCUAAAUUUCUUGCUAAGGCCUUACAAAUCUGUGCUAUAAAACUUAAAGAGGGUAUGGGAAGUGAUUUAAUCUUUAAAGAUCAAGGAGAAGAAAUGUAAAUCACUACAGUCAUUCCUCAGGUUACAGACACUUCAGGUUGCGUUUUUUCAGGUUACAGUACCGGAAGGGGUUACUUCUGGGUUUCGGCGGUUGCACAUGCGCAGAAGCGCUAAAUCACGCUUUGCGCAUGUGCAGAAGCACCGAAUCGCAACCUACGCAGACGCGCUGCAGUGGGUUGCAGACGCUGCGGGUUGCGAACGUGCAUCCCGCACGGAUCACAUCCGCAACCCGAGCGUCCACUGUAUUAUCAUUAUCAUUAUUUUAUUAUUAUUUUAUUAUUUUGCUAUCAUUUUCAUGUGUAUAAUUGCUGUUUGCUAAAACACAAUAAACCGACUUAUAGUACAGUGGUCCCUUGGUUCUCAAACUUAAUCAGUUCCAGAAGUCCGUUCCAAAACCAAAGCGUUCCAAAACCAAGGCGCGCUUUCCCAUAGAAAGUAAGGCAAAACGGAUUAAUCCGUUCCAGACUUUAAAAAACAACCCCUAAAACAGCAAUUUAACAUGGAUUUUACUCUCUAAUGAGACCGUUGAUCCAUAAAAUGAAAGCAAUAACCAAUGUACUGCAGUCACACAAUCAAUCAAUCAAUCAAUCAGUAGCUGAACUGGGUUCCACACAGUCACACAAAAAAGAGAGCCACAAAAACGCAAAAUAAAUAGCAAAAACAGGCAGACCUCAGCGUAACACUCUAAACAGAAGUGUUGCACUCAAAACGGAGCACUUCCGGCUUCCGGAAAAAGUUCGCAAACUGGAACACUUAACUUCCGGGUUUGCAGUGUUUGGGUUCCAAGUUGUUUGAGUACCAAGGUGUUUGAGAACCAAGGUACCACUGUAGUAUAGUAAAAAAAUGAAUGGAUAUACAACCAGAAACAGUACAUCUAAGCCUCUCUUCCAGAGUGUUGGCUAUUCUUCUACAGUUCUCCACGACUUUUUGUCGCGAACAACUCUGUGACAAAUAGGAAAGAUCAGCAACGAGGUUCUUUGGGUCGAUAAGGAGUUUGUUUGCCUCCAAUUAGACCUAAUAUAAAUGAGAUUACCCGGCCAAAGCAAGCGCACACCUCUCAGUGACUUUGUACACUUACGGUACACGUGAAAGAGGCUCGUUUAUAAUUCUAUUUUGGGAAUGAAUCCUGUUCUUACGUGGCUGCCUUCUCUGAUUUUGGCAGAUGCUGGUAUCGGCAGCCGACUUCUCGCUGGCUGCACCACCGGAGCGAUGGCUGUCGCCGUGGCCCAGCCGACUGAUGUGGUCAAAGUGAGAUUCCAAGCCCAAGCCCGGAUGGAGGGCGGCCGGCGGUACCAAGGGACCCUCGACGCCUACAAGACCAUCGCGAGAGAGGAAGGGGUUCGAGGCCUCUGGAAAGGUCAGUAAAUUUAGGUUUUGGCGAGGGGGAACCAAUGCUUCCAAAAUCCUCCAAGCCAUUAUUAUUUUGCUUAUUGCAUUUAUAUCCCAUCUUUUCCUCCAAGUUGGUGUAACACAACGACGCUGUGAGGUAGGCCAAGGCCACCCAGUGAGCUUUGUGGCCGAGUGAGGAUUUGAACCCUGAUCUCCCCCAGGUCCAAGUCCAGUGCUCUGAGCACUAUAUCACAGUGGCUCAAUUCAGAGCAGCUAACUCAUGACCUGUUACAAAGAGAUCUCGCCUUGGUGCUUCUUUCGCUUUGUUUUUUUUUAAAAAAAAUUCUCUUUUACAAUUUAAAAUAUUAAACAACCUUAAAAUAUCAACGGCUUUCCUUGGUUCAUUUUGCAUAACAUGAAUCCCUGCAUAUUUUACAUAAACUAAACCAUUCAGUUUUCCAUUAUUAAUCCAUCAAAACUUACACUGUUGAAUUUAUCAAAUAAUUUUUGCUUCCGCUUUGUCUAGGUACCUCCCCUAAUAUAACCCGGAACGCGCUUGUGAAUUGCGCUGAGCUGGUGACCUACGACCUGAUCAAGGAUGCUCUGCUCAAGUACAACCUCAUGACAGGUGAGGAGCGAUGGACAGGACCGGGCUGUUGCUUGAAGGAGCUCCUGGCUUUUGAGAUGCGUGGAGGGUCCACCUCUUAUGAGGUUCCUGCAAAAGUCACCCACGCUGUGGUGGAUCCUUGCCGCGGAUCACCAAAGGGUUCUGACAGUUUAAUAUCACCAUUUAAAAUUGCUUAUUGCUGCUUAUUUCCUUGACAUCUGCUGGGAGGGCGUUCCACAGGGUGGGUGCCACCACCGAGAAGGCCCUCUGCCUGGUUCCCUGUAACUUCGCUUCUCACAGUGAGGGAACCAGCAGAAGACCCUCGGAGCUGGACCUCAGUGUCCAGGCAGAAUGAUAGGGGUGGAGACACUCCUUCAGGUAUACUGGACUUGCAUUACUAAGCCAACAUUGUCCAUUUGCAAGCAAGUUUUGAUUUUUUAUAUAUCUUUAUCAAUCAGGCAGAAGGAAAACAAUUUUUUUUUUUAAGAAAACCUUUUAUUGGAUGGGAGAGGAACCUGGGAAGGAAGCUGAGUAAACCUGCCAGGGUGUAUUUCAGUACACCCUGGCAAUGGCGUGAGUUCGCCUGCAGCUAACUUCAAUGUCACAAAUAGAAAAAAGACAGUCACGGAACUGAGAAAUUGCACAAAACAAAUGAAAAGCCUAAAAUAGAACAAAACCUUUAACGAAGAAAAUUAGGUUUUUCUAAUUUUUUUCCCUUAAGCUUUUUGAUUUUUAUUAUUUAGUGGAUUUCCACAAGAUAAUAUUUAUAGUCGAUUACUUCUCACGGUUUUCACGGUAUUUCAUUUGUUUUGUGCAACUUCCACGUCACGAGCUUUCGGCUUUAGCUUUGUCGUGUUGUUGUCCAGCCACAUAUUCCGCAAUGGCUAGCUUUGGGGAAGCGAUUUGGUUUUCUUCCCGGCUCACGAUGCCUCCCUCCCGCUUGUCCUUGCAGACAACCUCCCUUGCCACUUCACCUCUGCGUUUGGAGCCGGUUUCUGCACGACUGUCAUCGCCUCCCCUGUCGACGUAGUGAAGACCAGAUAUAUGAACUCUGCCCCCGGCCAAUACGGAAGUGCCGUGAAGUGUGCCCUCGCCAUGCUGAGGAAGGAGGGGCCCCUCGCUUUCUACAAAGGGUGAGUCUCCAUCUUCCUUGACGGCCCCCGCAGGGCAGGACGUUGGCGGGAGCUGGGAAUUAGGGCGAGGCGACUGGGCUGUCCGCAACCAUUUGGGGCUGGAGACCCCCGGGCAACGGAGGCCAGUGCCCCCACCAGUCUCAACCCGCCUUCAUCCAGCCCCUGCUGGCAUGUCUUCUUCCUUGCACCCAGCCAGUGCCAGAUUUACGUAGAAGCUAAACAAACUAUAGCUUAGAGCCCCACUCUCUUGGGCCCGCCCCAAAAAAUAUACAGCCAUAACUCGGGUUAAAGAUGCUUCGGGUUAAACCUUUUCAGGUUGCGUCCCGCGGCGACCCGGAAGUAAUGGAACAAGUAACUUCGGGGUUUCGCCACUCGCGCAUGCUCUCAAAAUGACGUCAUGAGCAGAAGCAGCAAAUCGCUAUGCGCAAACGCAGGUUGUGUUCUUCUCAGGUUGUGAACGGGGCUCCGGAACGGAUCCUGUUCGCAACCAGAGGUACCACUGUGCUUCUUCUUAAUUGUAUUUCACAAUUCAUAUACUUCUUCUUAAUUGUAUUUCAAUUCAGCAAUUACUUUGAUAAAAUGCAUAUUUUGUUAUGUGCAAAUGGCUUUAGAUACCUGUUAGGUCCAUAAAUUACCAUAUAGCACAUGGGUAGGCAAACUAAGGCCCGGGGGCCGGACACAGCCCAAUCGCCUUCUCAAUCUGGCCCGUGGACGGUCUGGGAAUCAGCGUGUUUUUACAUAAGUAGAAUGUGUGCUUUUAUUUAAAACGCCUCUCUAGGUUAUUUGUGGGGCACAGGAAUUCAUUCCCCCCCCCCAAAAAAAAUACAGUGGUACCUCUGGUUGUGAACGGGAUCCGUUCCGGAGGCCCGUUCGCAACAUGAAAAGAACACAACCCGCAGCGGCGUGUCUGUGCAUGUGCGGGUUGCGAUUUGCCACUUCUGCGCAUGCGCAUGACGUCAUUUUGCUCAUCUGCGUGAGCAGCAAAACCUGGAAGUAACCCUUUCUAGUACUUCUGGGUCGCCGUGGGACGUAACCUGAAAGAAUGUAACAUGAAGUAGACGUAACAUGAGGUAUGACUGUAUAGUCCGGCCCCCCACAAGGUCUGAGGGGCAGUGGACCGGCCCCCUGCUGAAAAAGUUUGCUGACCCCUGAUACAGCAUAUAUUCAACACAAAAAACAGCGACCAUUUGUUGUUGACAAAGGACAGCUGGACACAUAAAGGGCUCCAUUACCUUCAGGAGCUUAGGGCCUCAUCAAACCUAAAUUUGGCCCUGCAACCAGCCCAGGGGGCGAUUCCACCUUUCAGCUUCUUCCUCCUCCUCCUCAGUCUUGAUGUUUCCCUUUGUGCAAUGUGGGAAACAGGAGGAGGAAGAUGGGGACAAGACAAAGAAUUGCCAUUAUUUUCCAUGCAUAAGACGAUUUUUUUCUUUAAAAAAAAAAGGCAAAAAUUGGGGGUCUACAAGUGAAGAUCUCACAUAAAUUAUUUAAUGCGUUAACACGAAUAGAAGUUAUAAAUAUUGCAGCUGGUGCAUAAGGGCUUGCUAUUAUGACUGUAAUGGAAUAGAAAUCAAUAAGGUUUUGGAACGCAGAAACAAAGUGAAUCAUCAAACCGUCAAUUCUAGCACGCGGCAGGCCACCUAAAUUAUAUAAUUUGGCACCUGAGAGAUUUGUAUUAGGGAAUGGUAUUUUAAUUCGGCACUGCUAUUAUGAAGCUAUCAUUGGAUUAUUGUAAUUGAAAAACAAAUAAAAAUUAUUAUCAACAAUUGGGGGGUCGGCUUAUACACGGAUAGUGAAUGCGGGGGGGGGUGAUUGGCAUCAAGUUAAAGGAAAUCCCCCCCCAAAGGCUCAACAACUCAAGCAAUAUUGAUUUAUUAAUUUUGGGUUUUUUAAAAAAAGUCUUAUAUAUGGGGGCGUCUUAUACAUGGAAAAAUACAGUAGUUGGCUCUGCCUUUUAUGGGCUCUGCUGCCACCUAGUGGCAGGCUACUUGCCUUCUACCCUACCAGUCUCAAUGGGCACCAGCCAUCGUUGCCCAUGGCUACCUGUACCUUGGGAUCCAUGCUCCGGGUUUUUUCUGUUGCCUCCCAAAGAGGCAGAUCCCUUGGCUGCCAAAGGACGGUUAUCCUUUGAACUGGGGAGGAAGAUGCUCAGUUGAGCAACUUGCCACUCUUGAGAUUUUUUGUUCCAACAGUCCUUUGGGAACUAUUUUGUGUUUUAUUGUUAUUAUUAUUAUUAUUAUUAUUAUUAUUAUUAUUAUUAUUGGCUUUUUAUAAUGCUGUGCUGGUUUUUUAUCAUCAUCAAUAUUCUAAUAGAUUUGGGGUUUUCCAUAUUGUUUUAAUUUUGUUAAAAUUGCUUUUUAGCCGUUAUCUUUGAUAUGGUUCCUAGCUUUUGUGUGUGUGUUUCAUUUGCACUAUUUGAAUUUUUGCAAAAGCUGCCUUGAAGUCCUGGCCUGUGAAAAGGGCAGGGUGGUGAAUAGAUAUAAUGAAUAAUACAUCCAUCCAGCUUCAAAGGCCAGGGUAAAGAGAUGUCCACACAAGACAUCUCCAUUUCAUGGUCAGAUGUGCACCUAGUUUUUAAGGCAAGGUGGAAUCUGGGGGCCACUGCUUGGGUUUUCAGGUGCCCCCUGAAAAAUUUUUAUUUAUACCCCGCUCUUCCUGGCCCAAAAACCGGGCUCAGGGCAGCUAACAACAGAUUUAAAACACUUAAUUGUAAAAGCAGCAUAAAAUACAUAUAAAAACAUGAAUAACAAUAAAAUUCAAAAUUCAAAAAUCAAUUUAGGGGAAAUAAGCAUUAGAUAAUCCCCAGGGCUAGCUGGCUGAAUUGGUCCUACUUGGGCCAGCGAGGAGGCCAGGGGAGAAUUAGCUGUGGGGUCUCAGAGCGGGUGAUCUUCAUAAAAGGGGAGGGGGAGGGAAGAGAAGGGAAGGGAAAUAAAAGAUCAGGCUGAAUUCAAAUUAAAGGCCAGGUGGAAUAGCUCUGUCUUACAGGCCUGAUGGAAGGAGGUUAAAUCCUGCAGGGCCCUGGUCUCAUGGGACAGAGCAUUCCACCAGGUCGGGGCCAUCACUGAGAAGGCCCUGGCCCUUGUGGAGGAUAGUCUGACAUCCUUUAUAACAGUUUGCAAUAUAAAAAACCAAAAAUACAUCUCUUAAUAACAAAAGCAAUAACAGGCUCUCCUCUCAUUUUCUAUUUGUUCUAACACCAGCUCUGUUUUUCUCCUUUCCCUGAUCUCUCUCCGUCUCUCAGCUUCACGCCCUCGUUUUUGCGGCUGGGAUCCUGGAACGUGGUGAUGUUCGUGACCUACGAGCAGCUGAAGCGAGCCAUGAUGGCGGCCCGCGGAUCGCGGGAGGCCCCCUUCUGA